AUGAUCAGCGCUGGAGAUGUGGAGAAGCAGCCUCUGCUGGGGUCUCUUUCCCGGGCCAAGGUCAAGAGCACUGACCGGCAUUCUGAUUUGCGCAAAGGCCAGCGCAGCGAACUCAGGAGAAUGCUUUAUUCAAAGAACUGCGGCCUUUUGGCUGUGCUGUGCAUGAUCUUGUUGAUCGCAUGUUUACCCAGUGCAUCCACAUCGCCGCUUGAAUUAUCUAUUCGGGGUGCCGAUCACGAUGAUAGAUCAAGCCGAGAGAUUGGCCCUGGAAAACGGGGUGCGGUUGCGACGGAGAAUGCACUGUGUUCGCGACAUGGUAUCGAGAUGUUGAAGAUGGGCGGCAAUGCUGCCGAUGCAUUGGUCGCCGCGCAAUUUUGUAUUGGUGUCACCUCUAUGUAUCAUAGUGGUAUUGGUGGAGGUGGUUUUAUGCUUGUCCGAGCACAGAAUGGUGCUUUUGAGUUCAUUGACUUCCGUGAAACAGCGCCCGCUGCCGCCUUCCAGGACAUGUAUAAUAAUAAUACCGACGCAUCUAUCUACGGCGGACUGGCAAGCGGUGUACCUGGCGAGAUCCGCGGGUUGGAAUAUCUUCACAGAAAGUACGGUUCACUGCCCUGGGCGACGCUGAUGCAACCUGCCAUUCGGAUGGCACGCAACGGCUUUCCUGUGUCUACAGACUUGGUCAAAUACAUGACGCUUGCCGUUGGUGAUGGAGAGGAUUUCCUGUCCAAGGAUCCGAAUUGGGCUUUGGAUUUUGCACCCAACGGAACCCGCUUGGGCCUGGGAGACACCAUUACACGGAAGCGCUAUGCGGAUACCCUUGAGACAAUCGCCAAGCGGGGGCCAGAUGCAUUCUAUACAGGCCCAAUGGCAGAGACAAUGAUCAAUGCGGUUCAAGCAGCUAAUGGUACCAUGACUCUCGAGGAUCUGAAGAACUAUACCGUGGCGAUUCGCAAUACCUCGCAAAUUGACUAUCGCGGGUAUAAGAUCACCAGUACAACCGCACCUUCGAGUGGAAUUGUUGCCCUUAGCAUUCUAAAAAUCCUGAGCACUUACAAGGGUCUCUUUGGUUCAGAGAAGGCACUGAACAUCAGCACGCAUCGAAUGGAUGAGGCCAUGCGUUUUGGCUACGGAGAGCGGACAAAACUCGGUGACCCAUCAUUUGUGGAGGGCAUGGACGAAUAUCAACAGAACAUGUUAAAGCAGUCAACUAUUGAUACUAUCCGUGGGAAGAUCUCUGACACUACCACCUUAAAUGUGUCUGCAUAUGACCCAUCGGGGGUAGAGAGUUUGGAAACUCCAGGAACCUCCCAUCUCGCGACCGCUGAUCACACGGGACUUGCUAUCUCUGUAAUCACCACUAUUAAUUUGUACUUUGGAAGCCAUGUGCUGGUUCCCGAGACAGGAAUUAUCAUGAACAACGAAAUGAACGACUUCUCGAUCCCUGGGUCCUCUAAUCAAUUUGGUUAUAUUCCUUCUGAGGCCAAUUAUGUUCGACCAGGCAAGCGUCCCUUGUCAUCCAUCACCCCUGCGAUCGUGACUCGCCCAGAUGGCAAGCUCUUCUUGGUUGCCGGCUCUGCUGGAGGCAGUCGUAUCAUCACGGCCACCGUCCAAAAUAUUAUUCAUUCUAUCGAUCAAAAGCUGAGUGCGGCUGAGGCUCUUGCAAAGCCUCGCUUGCACGAUCAGUUAAUUCCCAACCAGGUCACCUUUGAGUAUUCCUAUGAUAAUUCGACGGUCGCCUUCAUGAAGAGCCUCGGGCACAACGUGACAUGGGUCGCUCCCGGUCAGAGCACGGCCCAGCUCAUUCGUGUCCAGCCGAAUGGAACGUUUGAUGCUGCUGGUGAACCGCGGCAAUUGGCCUCUGCGGGCUAUUCGAUCUAG